AUGUACCAGCGCUGGUUAGCCAUCGUGCUGGUUGCAGCGUUUGUCUCCUGGCAUGGAGCUCGCGCACUCAGCGAGGGUACUCAUAGCUGGCAGCACGCCCACGUGCACAGCAAGGAGCGAACUUUUCCCCUGACGGAGCAUGCCCCGCUUGCCUUGCGAUGCGCCAACACUAAUGGAGACUGGUGCAGCAAGUUCCUUAGCCAAGAGCCGGUCCCUUGGAAGCCCGCGCCUCGUGGCAGCAAGGACUGUCCAGACAAGUGCAACGGCGUGGGCAGGUGCAACUACGACACCGGCUACUGCGACUGCCCCGCGGGGGACCACGAGGAUCCCGGUACGGAGCCCCUAUCGCACAUAGGGCCCGACAAGCGAGACCUAGACUGGACGGAGGGGGGGGUAACCUACUCGCGAUGCGCAGGCAUCUGCGAUGACGACACGGCAAUCUGCUACUGCGACGGCCCCCUGGGUCGGUUGCUGCCGCCGCCGGGGUCGGCUCCGGGCACACCCCCAAUCCGACGCGGACGGCCCCUCGUGACAUUCCACAUGGCGCCAUCCACGACCUGGGACGGGCGUAAGGCCUUCGGGGAGCAGCCCUACAACAAUGUGUACGGCCCCCAGGGCUAUUGCAACGCCACCCAGCCCAUCUGGACACCCGUCUGUAGUCUCGACGACCUGGGGGGACCCACGUGCGAUGACCCCAUCCAAGCCUUCUGUCCGGGGGCCUGUAGCGGCCACGGCACGUGCAACCUUGGGUUUUGCGUCUGCGAUGAGGGCUACUACGGUCACGACUGUGCUCGGAGAAGGGCGGGACUGCCGCUGCUGCCCAGCGCCGUCCCAACCACCCCCUGGCUGGCGUCCGUCAUCCGCGAGCCCCCCGCCGCCAUGGAGCCGCCGCCGCAUGCCACCCGCAAGCGCCCCCUGAUCUACGUGUACGACUUGGAACCGCUGUACCAAAGCAAGAUCCUGCAGUACAGGAUAUCCCCGCCUUGGUGUGUUCACCGGCGUCACGACCUGCCCGGCAACCAGACGGUGUGGUCGGACGGCUGGGUGUACGCGGCUGACACCUUGCUACAUGAGCUGCUGCUCAUCAGCGAGCACCGGACGUUCGACCCGGAGGAGGCGGACUUUUUCUACGUGCCGCACUCGGCGUCGUGUCUGCCGUUUCCUAUGGGCAGCUGGGCAGACUAUCCCUGGUUCCUGGGCCCUGGAGGUCCCCGCAUUCGGCAAAUGGUCAACAUGCUACGCGAAGUCGUAGACUGGAUCGACAAGACCUACCCUUUCUGGCGGCGGCGAGGCGGUCGCGACCACAUCUGGUUGUUCACCCACGAUGAGGGCGCCUGCUGGGCGCCCAAGGUGCUCGAGAACUCCACCUGGCUCACCCACUGGGGUCGAAUGGGGCUCGAACAUAGGAGCGGUACGGCUUUCCUGGCUGACAAGUACGACAUCGACUUCGUUAGCCCGCACCAGCCGGAGGGCUUCCUGACGCACAUCAAGGGGCACCCCUGCUACGACUCCACCAAGGACCUUGUCGUCCCCGCGUUCAAGCAGCCCAGGCACUACCGCAGCAGCCCGCUGCUGGGCAGUGCAACAAAGCAGCGAGACAUCUUUCUCUUCUUCCGCGGGGAUGUGGGCAAGCACCGCAUGGCUCACUACAGCCGAGGUGUGAGGCAAAAGCUGUACAAGUUGUCCGUUGAGAAUAACUGGAAGUCCAAGAACGUCCUGAUCGGUGGGACCCACGAGGUUCGCGGGGAAUACUCGGACCUGCUGUCCCGGUCUCAGUUCUGUCUGGUAGCGGCAGGUGAUGGCUGGUCAGCCAGGUUGGAAGAUGCCGUACUGCACGGCUGCAUUCCAGUCAUCGUCAUCGACGAAGUGCAUGUGGUGUUCGAGUCCAUAUUAAAUGUGGACUCCUUCGCCGUGCGUAUCGACGAGCAGCAGCUGCCACAGAUCCUGGACAUCCUGGCCGCCAUUCCGGAGCGGAAGAUACGAGCCAAACAGGCGCACCUGGGGCAUGUGUGGCACAGAUUCCGGUACGGCUCCCUUCCAGGCCUUGCGUCGGAGAUCCAGAGCCUCACAGAGGCCAACAGGGCACAUCAACAUCAACAAGAACUAGACAUUGGUCAGGAUCAGCAUGCGCAGGGGCGGCGGCUGGUUGCCAACGACCGUCAUGCCCUCAACACACCUCACGAAGGGGGGGGGGACCCGGAGUUUGGGCGAGGUGCAGGUCAUGGCGAGGCGGCGGACGUGCAGUACCCUCGGCCCUUUCGCGGCGACCCUGCUGUGGAUGACGCCUUCGCCACCAUCAUGCAGUGGCUGUACUCCAGAAUACCGCACACCAGAACAUCCCAAAUAGAACUUCCCAACCUUUGGGCCAGCUUGGGUAGCCGGUGUGUGUAUGUGACAUGUUUUGCGACACGGCAUUUGCAGGUGCCGUUGUUUCUCGUGAGCAUCGGGGACACUGGCACGGCGUUCGGCCAACUUUCUCAUGAGCGAAAGGUGCAGCUUACUGACGACGCCCCACUUAAGCUGCGGUGCUCCUCCAUCAAGGGUAGCUGGUGCAUGGACUUUCACCAGCAACAGCAAGGACUGUCCAGACAAGUGCAACGGCGUGGGCAGGUGCAACUACGACACCGGCUACUGCGACUGUCCCGCGGGGUGGACGGGGCAGGGGUGUACGACACGGCAAAAGAGGCCCUGUACCAACGCUUUUCGGUAUCUGUGACGAUGACUUGGGGCUCUGCUACUGUGACGGACCGAUGGGACGCAUCCCGGCACCUGACAACGCGCCGCCCGACGUACGACGGCAAGCCGGUUCCAGGAGGCCAGCAGCCGUACGAUAAUGUGUACGGUCCGGAGGGUUUCUGCAACGCGACCAAGCCCAAGUGGGCUCCCGGAGGCUGUGGCGGGCCCGAGGACCUGAACGGGCCGUACUGCGAUGAACCGACGGAGUCGUUCUGUCCGGGGGCCUGUAGCGGCCACGGGACGUGCAACCUUGGGUUUUGCGUCUGCGAUGAGGGCUACUACGGUCACGACUGUGCUCGGAGAAGGGCGGGACUGCCGCUGCUGCCCUCCCGACUGGGGGAGCUGCCCUGGGUGGCUGCACAGAACCGGACUCGGUUCUCCGAGUGGUGCUACGGCGCCGAGUCGGCCCUUCACGAGUAUCUGCUGCUGAGCGAACACCGCACAUUCGACCCGGAGGAGGCCGACUUUUUUUACGUGCCGUACUACGGCACCUGCAUGAUCUGGCCCGUACUGCACUGGGCUGACUUUCCGUACUUCCACACGACAGGAGGCCCUCGCAUCCUUCAAGUGAUCAACAUGCUGAUCGAUACUGUGGACUGGAUCAACAAGAUGUACCCGUUCUGGGGCCGACGCGGCGGUCGCGACCACAUCUUUUUAUUCCCCCACGACGAGGGGGCGUGCUGGGCGCCGAAUGUGCUCGUCAAUGCCACGUGGCUCACCCACUGGGGUCGUACGGAUAUGAUUCACGAGAGCAAGACCUCGUUUGAUGCGGACAACUACACUAGGGACUACGUGGGCUGGCGGCAGCCGGGCGGCUUCGUGAACCUCAUUCGGGGGCAUCCGUGCUAUGACCCCGUAAAGAUUUACAGGCUUGCGAAGGAGAAUAAUUGGCAGGAUAAACACAACAUCCUGAUUGGGGACGCGGCCGACGUACCCGGGGAUUACUCCGACUUGCUGUCCCGCUCUCUGUUCUGUCUCGUGGCUACAGGUGACGGUUGGUCAGCCCGUACGGAAGAUGCUGUACUGCACGGCUGCAUUCCCGUCAUCAUUAUCGAUGGCGUGCACAUCAAGUUCGAGACGGUGUUCAGUGUGGACGAGUUCUCGAUCCGGAUUCCGGAGGCCAACGCCAGCCGGAUCUUGGAGAUUUUGAAGGAAAUUCCGAAAACCAAAAUCCGAUCCAUUCAAGCCCAUUUGGGCCGAGUGUGGCACAGGUACCGCUACGCCAACCUUCCCGGCCUGGCUUCGGAGCUUCGUCGCCUGAUGGUCUCCAACACAGCCGACCCCUUGAUCCGCGAGGCCGCCCAGCUCAGUGCCAGCGAAGAGGUCCGCCUGCCCCGUCCCUUCCGCGGAGACCCUGCUGUGGAUGACGCCUUCGCCACCAUCAUGCAGUGGCUGUACUCCAGGAUACCGCACACCAGGCAAUUUCAAGGGCGUGUCGAUAUUGGUGAUUCUGAUGCGCCGUAUUGCGGCAUCUCCGUCAGGAAUACUAAGGUGGCGGAGGAGCUUGUCUGGGAGCUUUUCACGCAAGCUGGCCCAGUUGGUAAGUCCCUUACGAUUCGGGACUUGCGGGACUGUUUCAAACCGCCACAGCAUCAUGCCAUGAUAUGUCCCCGCGCAGUGAACGUCUACAUGCCAAAGGACCGCGUCACCAGCCAGCAUCAGGGGUAUGGCUUCGUUGAGUUCAAAGGCGAGGAGGAUGCGGAUUAC